GAUCACAGUGCGCAGAAGCAGCGAGUGGUUACAACUAGAAAACAACAGAACCACAAACCACUACCACCACAGUGCAGGGAUAUUUUAGUAUACAUUCCUCAACCCCAGCCUGCACCAUGCUUUCGCUCUGUUGGUUUGAGUGAGAAAGUGUCGAGGAGCUUUCUGUUUCACCGAAGUUUGUGGAGAGUCCGUCCGUUCCUUGUUAUGACGCACAGUUGAAAAACGGGUUGACCAGAUCCCUCGAAUAUAAAAUAUACGGCAGGAAUUGACACAAACAGCAGAGAGGUGUUCUGGACACGCGAGUUAAAGUUUUUGAACCGGUGCCAAGAAGAGUUUCUCGAGCAAAGGAAGGCAGAAAUGCGAGUUUAAACACGGACCAAAGAAGUUUCUCACCGCAGGAGAGGAACAAAAUGGACCAACCAGAGGAUGAGCUGCAGCAGAUAUCCAAAUGGCUAAGUGAGGAGGGACUUUCUCCCGACUCGCCUAAGGAGGCUCAGCUGUGUUUACUAUGGCGUGCUCUCCAGCAUACAAGAGGCCGUCUGAGCAGAGUGACCUGGGAUCUGGACAAGCAGCGCUCUCAGCACUCAGCAGAACUGACAGAGGUACGAAAGUCCUUGGAGCAGAUCCGAAUCUUUACAGAGCACAAAGAUGUUCUGGCUCAGGAGAUACAAGAUGAAAACGAUCAGCUCAAGGACCAGCUGCGUCGGCUAAUAUCUCUUCAAGAUGCUCAGAUAAGUGAGGUGGCUAAAAUGCUGUAUCAGCAGGGUCUCACAGAGCUGAUUCACAGCAGCCCCAGUGAGCAGGUGGCCUACCUCCUGGUUGAGAGAGCCUCUUUACUUGAAACGGGUGAAGUACCGGACCACCUAAAGGGUCAAGGAAUCAGAGAGGGGGUUGAAGUCCAAGCUGAGACGCAGAGCACAAAUACACAACAGUCUCCCCACAAGGGGGCACCACGUCAUCACCAGAAUCCAUGGAGGAGACUCUUUGGACUACACAAAGCCUCUCAAAGCAAAAACACUUUUAUUCUGGCUGAGGCCAGGCGUUUGGCUGGCCAGGCAAGCAGCGUGCAGAGGGAGUGCUCCCGUUUGGAGCGUGACUUGGAGGAGGGUUCACGUCGGUUGGCCAUGGCCCACAGUGAGAUCAGGCGUUUGACCGAUGAGCUGGAGUCUUCUCAUUUGACCCAAAGAGCUUAUGAGCCUGAGCUGCAGGCAGCACAGCAGGAGGUAGAGCAACUCAGACAGGAAGUAGAAAAAGUAAAGAAAUAUGAACUUGUAGAACUGCGAAAGACCAAGGAGCUAAAUGAUCGACUGGAUCUGGAGAUCAGAUCCCUGAGGACCAGGGUCCGCUCCCUGGAUGCUGAGAAAAACUCUCUGCAGCAGACGGUCGUGUUCCUUCAAAGAGAGGUGGGGAGGUUACAGUCAGACCUGAAGGAACAGCAGCUGACUGAACAGCAACUCCUCACUGUGAAGGUUCAGAGCAAGCAGGACACAGAGCUGACUGAAACACAAGCAGCAGAGCGGGCACUGAUGAACCAGACCUGCAGAAAUUUACAGAAGGAACUUGAUGCUCAAGCAAGAUGCCUUAUGGAGAAGGAGGAAACUGUCAUAUCUCUGCAGAGAGAAGUGGAGCAGCAGCAGUCGGCCCUGCAGGAGCAGAAACAGCAGGCUGAGCAGAAGAUCCUCACAGCACAGGCUCAGGCCAGCCAAUCCAAUGAGUUAGUUCAGUCCUGGGCAACUGAACUGAUUCAGAGCAAAGAGAUCUGCAAAGAUUUACAAAAUAUGCUCAGCGCUCAGUCGGGAUGCCUUUUGGAAAAAGAGUCAGAAAUACAAACCCUCAGGCAGCAGCUGGAUGAUUCCCACAAAGAGAACCUUAUAGCUACCAUUAGCAAAAGAGAGACAAAUCUUGAGGACAGCAGUCUGGAGAACCAAACAGAGGUAGAAACACAUCAUGAUGGAAACACUCACUGUAGGCUGAGAGACUCAUUUGCAAUGGAAAUGAAAGAGCUACUGACACAAAUACCGAAUCUGAAAAAGAUUAGACAUCAGGACUUUCCUGAAUUUAAAGAGGCAGUGACAACUUUGUUGGCCACCCAAGACGAGUGUGAGACGCUUAAGAAGGAAAUCUGUGAAAUCCUUGAAUGCCUUGACAAAGAGCGGAGCAAAUGCCAUGAGAUGAAGGAAAAACACAAGACAAGACUUCUUCGAGCCAAGCAGAAACUUGAUGACGAGACUGCCUGGCGUGAUGACAAAAUCAGUAAUCUAGAGCGAGAGCUUUCCUUGUGCUCCCACUCCUUAGCGAAGGAGAAAGAGGUCACCAUCAGUAUUACUGUGGAAAAUGACAAACUGCUUAUUGAGAGGAGAAGACUGCUACAGCAGCUGAAUGAGGAGGAGCACAACAAGAAAGACUGCAAUCUAACAGCUUCUUUGUCCAAAUGCAGGGUGGAUUUUCUAGAGAUUGAGAACAAGAAACUGGGAAACAAAAUACUCCACAUGUCCAAUCAGCUCACUGUCCUUGAACGCAGCCUGCAAAAAGUUCAGUCUCUACACUUAAAUGAGGAGCUGAAGAAAACAUCUAAUCCUAUGCAAGUUUUGAAAUCUCUGCGUUUGCAAAUCCCAAGUGUGAUGAUGCCUGAGUCAUCUGAAAUUCAGGACUUGUUUAAAAAUGCUCAGAACAAGCAGCCUGAGGAUGUGACUUCUUUCCUCUCUGGAUCUCUGUCUCGAUCAUCUGAGAUGGGCUACCUGAAUCUGACCUCGGCUCAGAGCCUCUCAGACCACUCUGCUCCCUUAGCUGGCUUCGGCAGCUCAGACAGAACGUGUUCCUGAGCUCUUGUGUAACAUGUAUAAACUUUAUAGACACUAUUUUAUUUGUAAAUAAAUACAUUAAAAACACUA